UUCAAUUAUUAUAAAUAAUAGUUACCUACCUAUACUCUUAAGUUCAAACAUAAUGUAUUUUUUUGUCAUUAAAAUAAUUGCAACAAUGGUGUUGCAACUUGCAACUUUAUUUCGGCUAUUAACCGGGAAAUAUAGUAUGAUAAACAACGGAAAAAAAUCAAAAAUGAGUUAUCGUAACACAGCUAAUUCUUCAGUUGACCUUCUUCAAAUUAGUAGACAAGAGAACGUCUAUAAAAGAGAAGAUGAAAAAAUAGAUGUGAAGCUUAUCAAAGUUUCAAAAAUGGAAGACGAUAAAUCUAAUAGUUUACCAGUUGGCAAUGUUGGUAUCACAAAUGAAUACGUCUUCCAAAAGAAGGAAGAUGAAAAAAAAUUCGACAUGGAGUUUAUUAGGAUAUCUAAUUUAGACGACAUUUUUGAAGAGUGGAAAAAUAUGAAAGAAAAAUGGACAUAAAAUGAAUUUUAAUUAAAAAUUUAUGCAAAUCAUCAUCAAAUUUUGUGGAAGACGAUUCUGGUGCAUACACAAAUAAAUUUGAACAUUUCCCGACUUGUGAACAUCAUUAAAAUCACUAUACAUUGAGUACAAUACUGCAGUAGGUACCUUUAUUGGCUCAUGUUGAACGCCUAUUGAGUGCUGGUGGACAGCUUUAUAGGUAGGUAGCACGGACUGAGGUAUAAUAUAAUAUAUAACCGUGGUAGGUAGGAGGAUAAGGGGUUCUAUGUCUGAUAAGAAUUUUUAAAUGGCAUUAUUGUUUAAGUUCAAUAACUUAUGAGUAAUUUAUUUAAUUAAAUCCUAAUAACAUUUACCUUAAUGUGAACAUUGUCAAUGAAUAUUAAAUUAGAUUUUAUUGUGUUAUACCAUUGCCAUAUAACAUGAGAAAAUACAAUUUCCUUAAGUAUAACAGUUUAAUAACAAAUUUAAUAAUUACAAUUAACAAAUUUAGUGGGUAUUACAAAAAAAAAAAAAUGUUUAAAGUUAAGCCAUAAUUUUGGAAAAAAAAUAGGUACAUAGAAAUAAUUUAUUUGUUUUAUUUUAUUUUAUAAUUAAUUGAAGUACCUAUGUAAGUAUUAUUUACUAAGUACCUUCUGUAAUUAAUACAAUUACGUUAUAAAUAUAUUGAAAACAGUAAGACUUCCAUUAUAUUGUGUUAUUUGUGAAGCUAAAAAUGUAUGAUCAUUAAAAAAAAAAAAUUAACUUAUUUUUAACUAAGUUAAGUUACUUAUUUUUCAAACUAACUUUUAACUUUAAAGUUAAAUUACAUUUUUCUGUAUUAACUUAACGAGUUAAUACCACAUUUUAGCCUGACAUUAAAUUUGUAAAGAGUCAAAAAAUGGGUUCAAAACUCAGAUACAUUUAUUUUGUGACGCUAAAUUGUUUUUUUUAUUUUUAUUUUAUACAUAAAUAACAUACAUAAAUGCAUACAGACAUACAUACAAUACAUACGUACAAACAUACUCAUAAAAUAAUAUAAGGUACCUACAAUAUCACACAUAUCUAAAAAUAUUAUAUCUACUAUUUUCAGAUUAUAAUGACAUUCGAAUAAAUAUAGCUAAAUCAUACGUUUUAAUCAAAACUGUUAUACUUAAGGAAAUUGUAUUUUCUCAUGUUAUAUGGCAAUAGUAUAACACAAUAAAAUCUAAUUUAAUAUUUAUUGACAAUGUUUACAUUAAGGUAUAUGUUAUUAGGAUUUAAUUAAAUAAAUUACUCAUAAGUUAUUGAACUUAAACAAUAAUGCCAUUUAAAAAUUCUUAUCAGACAUAGAACCCCUUAUCCUCCUACCUACCACGGUUAUAUAUUAUAUUAUACCUCAGUCCGUGCUACCUACCUAUAAAGCUGCCCACCCGCACUCAAUAGGCGUUCAACAUGAGCCAAUAAAGGUACCUACUGCAGUAUUGUACUCAAUGUAUAGUGAUUUUAAUGAUGUUCACAAGUCGGGAAAUGUUCAAAUUUAUUUAUGUAUACACCAGAAGGAAGAACUAAAAAUAUUGACAUAUUGUUUAUCAGCGGCGGAUUCUGAAUUUUAACCAGACCAGGAGAAUUUCGUUUCACCGGCCCAAGAUCCAUAAAUACAAACAAUUUAGUGAAAAUGUAGUAAAAUUAUAAUAAAUAAUAAUAAUUUUA